AUGUCCGCCCAGGCGCAGAUGCGGGCCCUGCUGGACCAGCUCAUGGGCACGGCCCGGGAUGGAGAUGAAACCAGACAGAGGGUGAAGUUUACAGAUGACCGAGUCUGCAAGAGUCACCUUCUGGACUGCUGCCCUCAUGACAUCCUGGCUGGGACGCGCAUGGAUUUAGGAGAAUGUACCAAAAUCCACGACUUGGCCCUCCGAGCAGAUUAUGAAAUCGCAAGUAAAGAAAGGGACCUGUUUUUUGAAUUGGAUGCGAUGGAUCACUUGGAGUCCUUUAUCGCUGAGUGUGAUCGGAGAACUGAACUUGCCAAGAAGCGGCUGGCAGAGACACAGGAGGAGAUCAGUGCAGAGGUUUCUGCGAAGGCAGAAAAAGUACAUGAGUUGAAUGAAGAAAUAGGAAAACUUCUUGCUAAAGCUGAGCAGCUGGGAGCAGAAGGAAAUGUGGAUGAAUCCCAGAAAAUUCUUAUGGAAGUGGAGAAAGUCCGUGCAAAGAAAAAAGAAGCUGAGGAAGAAUACAGAAAUUCCAUGCCUGCAUCCAGUUUUCAGCAGCAGAAGUUGCGUGUCUGUGAAGUCUGCUCAGCCUACCUUGGUCUCCAUGACAAUGACCGUCGACUUGCAGACCACUUUGGGGGCAAAUUGCACUUGGGGUUCAUUCAGAUCCGAGAGAAGCUUGAUCAAUUGAGGAAAACUGUGGCUGAAAAACAGGAGAAGAGAAACCAGGAUCGCUUGAGGAGGAGAGAAGAGAGGGAGCGUGAGGAGCGGCUGAGCAGGAGUUUUAGGUCUGGAUCAAGAACCGGAGAUCGAAGGAGGUCGCGUUCCCGGGACCGGCGUCGGAGGCGGUCAAGAUCCCUCUCCCGAGAACGGCGAAAGCCUUCCCGGUCCCGGUCCCGAGACAGACACCGGCGGCACCGCAGCCGUUCCCGGAGCCACAGCCGUGGCCACCGCCGGAAUUCCAGGGACCGGAGUGCGAAAUACAAGUUCUCCAGAGAGCGGGCAUCGAGGGAGGAGUCCUGGGAGCGAGGUCGGAGUGAGCGUGGGGCCACUGACUGGAGGCUUGAAAGCUCCAAUGGGAAGACGUCGGAGGAGAAGGAGGCUGGAGAGAUCUGA